GCUCCGGGGCUCCGCCGGGCAGCCAAUGGUGACACGUUGUUCUUACCCGUGACAUCAUCAUCCACCACUCCUCUUGCUAAAGAAGGAAACAAACAUCCAUCCAGCAGAAGAAGAAGGGGACGGGAGACGGAGAGAGGAAGGAGGAAAAGGCAGGAGGCCUAGGAAGGGACGUUUAAACCCGUCUAAAUCCGCCUGACUGAGAGGACGACGACACAGAAACGGGGGAAAAAAAAGAGGAAACUCCACAUAAUAACUUCGACCUUUUCUGACAAAGACAACCGCUUUUCCUGUCCUCCAGCGAGAAACCCAUCGAUUUUCAGCAGGUGAUCAUGGAUUAUUGCUUUUUUUUUUUUUUUCUUGAAGUGGAUUGGCGUUACAGAGAAAGCGAUUUGUAUUGAGCAAUGGCUCAAGAGACGAACCAGAGCCCGGUCCCCAUGCUUUGUGCCACAGGCUGUGGUUUCUAUGGCAACCCAAGAACCAAUGGCAUGUGCUCUGUUUGCUACAAGGAACACCUGACGCGACAGCAGAGCAGCGAUCGCAUGAGCCCCAUGAGCCCAAUGGGCUCCACUGCUAGUCCUACCUCAGAGGCCUCAGCCAUCCAGAGACUAGAAGCCAGUCUAGCCAAGGUUGACGCCUCCCCUGCCUCCUCACCAGACAUGUCUAGCAGGACUGUUCAAGGAUCUCUUCCUGUAACCCAACAGAUGACAGAGAUGAGCAUCUCCAGAGAGGAGAAGCCUGAACUCCUAGAGCCUGUUGUAAGCCAGCCUGCUGCUUCUAGUCCUUCUCCUGUAGCUUCUCCCAGCACCGAAGAAGGCAAGGGUGAAACCCCCAAACCCAAGAAAAACCGAUGCUUCAUGUGCCGCAAAAGAGUGGGCCUUACAGGGUUCGACUGUCGCUGUGGUAACCUGUUCUGUGGCAUCCAUCGAUACUCCGACAAGCACAACUGUCCCUACGAUUACAAGGCCGAGGCUGCCGCCAAGAUCCGCAAAGAGAAUCCCGUGGUUGUGGCUGACAAGAUCCAGAGAAUAUAGAUGGGGUGGGGGGAAAAAUGGUGUUGGAAAUGAGGAAACAUCUUGCAAAAGACUGGAGAAUGAGUGAAAACCUUUGACAUGAGUGCGAGUGGCUAAAUCAAAAGGACUUGAUUUGCAAAAAUGAUGAAAAAGCAAAAAAAAAAAGCAAAAAAAAAAAAGCAAAAGACCCUAGCUGAGGGAGAUGCAUGAGUGAUCACUUUUUUUCAUUUUCAUUAAUUCAUUAGAUUGUUUUAAUCUCGUUUUCUGUGGUGUGAAUAUGCCGCCGUUGAGUCCUUUUCCUUUUUUGUUUUCUUUUUUUUAUGUGUUUUAUUAAGAGCAGACCAGGCACGAUGUCCAGGAUAUGCUGUGCUCCCCUCACCAAAACCAGGUUGUCAUUUUGUGCCAAACAGCCAUUUUUACUAAACCCUCAAAGCAUUCAGAUUACAGAGAAAAAGAAAUCUGCCCGCCUUGUCGUUUAAUCCUAAAGAAAAAACUUAAGCAUCACUCUUGAAUAGGAGGAUUUUUUUUUUUUUUUUUACCGUAUUUCUCCUAGCUUUACCUACCUCAGAGGUGCUGUGUUGUCUUCCCUUCUAUCUGAAUCCCUGAUUGAACCUCCAAUCAACUCGCCUGCGUUCACUUUCAUAGUUUGUUUUUUUCGUAAUACACACAAAGAUCCCCCGCCCUUCAACCAAAUCUGAACCACAAACCCGACUUGGAAAAAUGGUCCCAGAUCUGAUUGUAAUCGAUCGACUGGUGCUGGCCUGAGAGGGCGGACGCCGGCACCCGUUCCCGAUGCGCCAGGUGCACGAAUUUCACAUGUUGCAAGGGGCAUAAAUGAAUGGAAUAAAUGCAUGAGUUGCUCUUCAUCUGCGUUAGAGUUUCAGAAAUAUCACUCGCCUUAGGGUUUUUUAUUUUUAUUUCCAGAGACAAUUAUCUAAUUUUUAUUUUAUCUAAUUUUUUUCUUCUUCCAUUGUACUGAUGUUGGCGCAUGGACUUGGUGCAUUUGUGGAUUUUUUCCUUUUUUUUUUUUUUUUGCGCUAACACAACAGUCAUGUGAGCACAGUGUGUGUGUGUGUGCGUGCAUGUGUGCGUGUGUGUGUGUGUGUUCUUACGUGGGUGUGUCCCCCCCUUCCUUUCUCUUCCUCCCGUCCUUUUUAGCUGUGGAGCUACCCGGUUUAUCAGCACAUGUUUACAGAAGUACAGGAGCAUGCCAGAGCUAGAUUAAUGAAAAAUAAUAGAAACUGAGAUUAGAUGUAACUUCUCAUCUGUCAAGCGUUUAUCGAUCUAUAGAGCGCGAGUGUGCAUUUGUGCGUGUGCAUGUGCACUUCCCUGUGCAAAAAAAAGAAGUGUGUUUUCAUGGCUGCCUGACACAUGUAUGUUUGUGACUUGUUACUUUUCCCCCCAGUGAGGAUGCGUUUCAUUGAAAAUUGAAAUGACUGAGUUUUUCUUUUCUUUUUUCUUUUUUUUUGAUUCUUAGUUAUAUGCAAAUUUGUACAAAAAAGUGAAAAAAAAACAACAAACUGUGUUGAUAUUUAUGUAUUGCAUAUAAUCUUGCUAUCCAGCAUUACAACAGAAUAGUAUCAUGUAAAUAAAACUGUACAGAGAGACGUAA